AUGGAUAACACACUUCCAAUGUGCUUGACAAUUAUCGCAUUGGAAGAGCUAAAGAGACUUCUUACACCAAUUGAGAGAUUGCCUCUAAGGUUAGGUGGAGAAUCUGGUAGCGAAUACAUAAACAGACUACUACAUGCUCAUCCUGAUUUAUGCAAAGAACAAUUGAGAUUAGAUAGAAACAUAUUUGUGGAUCUUGUUACUUGCAUGAAAGAUAAAAAUUUAUUAUCGGAUGGUCGUUACAUAUCUGUGGCUGAGCAAUUAGGAAUAUUUUUAUAUAUCAUGGCUAAAGGCAGUUCUUAUCGUGAUGCUGCCGGUCGAUUUCAGCACUCUAUUGCAACAAUUGGGUUGUACUUUAAACAAGUACUGGAAGCAAUGGUUCAUUUGUCUACCGAGAUCAUAAGACCAUACCAAAGUUUGACCGUGGUGCCAAAAAAAAUAGGUGACAACACAAAAUAUUGGCCAUAUUUCAAGGAUUGUGUUGGAGCAUUGGGUGGGACUCAUAUAAAUGCAGUUGUAAGCGAUGAUGAUGGUGUGGCACAUCUAGGGCGUAAAGGAAAAAAAACAUGGAAUGUUUUGGCUGCCUGUUCCUUUGAUAGGCUUUUCACGUUUAUCAACGUUGGAUUUGAAGGUAGUGCUCAUGAUAUCACUGUAUGGAACCAUUGCUUAACUGUUCCAGAAUUUCGAUUUCCCCAUCCACCUCCAGGAAAAUAUUAUCUAGUAGAUUCUGGAUAUCCGAAUACCGUUGGAUAUUUGAGUCCAAUAAAAGAAAAAGAUAUUAGAACCCAUUUGCCUGAAUUUCGAAAUGGUCCACCACCACAAGGCAUGCUUGAACUUUUUAAUUAUCUUCAUUCUUCACUUCGAACAACGAUCGAGAGAUGUUUUGGACAAUUAAAAGGUCGAUGGAAAAUAUUGACAAUGAUGCCACAAAUGGACACUAAACAUCAAUUGGAUUUGGAGUCUGAAGACGGCGGUGAUCGUGUGAAUUAUAGUGUGAAUUUUGUCAUGGACACGUUAUUUCCAACGCCUAAUGAUGCAGUUAAAUGGGCGGAUGUUGUUUCCAUCAAUCUGGGAUUUAUUUUGGUUAAAUUGUCUACAAAACCAGAGAUGGUCGACUAUAUCGAUAUUUGA